AUGAUUGAGGAUGUUUCACCGUUUAUACAAACUGUGCUGGGUACUGGGUUAACAUGGUUUGUAACUGCGAUUGGCUCUAUGUUUUGUUUCAUCAUUUCGAAUUCCUCAACGAGUCUAAAGAAUCAGAUUCUUGACGGCAGUUUGGGUUUUUCAUCUGGAAUUAUGUUAGCUGCAUCAUUCUGGUCCCUGUUAGAACCAGCAUUGGAGAUGGCUAAAAUUGACUUAGGUCUAGGUGCAUAUUGCGUCUUCCCUGUAAUGUGUGGAUUGUUCAUCGGUGCAGCGUUUGUUGGAUUAGUGGAUACUUUUUUACCUACCCAGUGGCUCGAAACAGUGCCUGUGGCAAUUAAUGAUUCUUGCUACUCAGUGUCUAAUCCAAGCUCUAGCAUUGUAUUUGAUACGUCUAUAAAACAACGUAACUAUUUGGUAAAUAGUUGUAUGGAAUCCAACAUCAGACAUCGUUCUGAAAACACUAUACAAGCAUAUCCAUCGUCUUCAUCGAUAAAGGUUGAUAAUGAACAAAAUCAACUUCCGAAAAUGGUGAUAACUCGUCGCUUAUGGUUGUUAAUCAUGGCAAUUACAGUACAUAAUAUACCUGAAGGUUUUGCAGUUGGUAUUGCAUUUGGUGGACUUGGACAAUAUUCAAGAACUACUUUCUCUCAAGCGUAUAAUCUGGCGAUUGGUAUUGCUAUUCAAAACUUUCCUGAAGGUUUGGCUGUCAGUUUACCGUUAUAUUCAUCUGGAUAUGGAUUUUUCAUUAGUUUCUGGUAUGGACAAUUGUCCGGUCUUGUAGAACCGUUUGCCGGGCUUAUCGGUUGUUUGGCCGUACAUUUCUUCCGAAGACUUCAGCCUUAUGCGUUAGGCUUUGCUGCAGGAGCUAUGCUAUUCGUUGUAGUUGAUGAUAUUAUUCCUGAAUCUCAGUCCAGAGGUCAUGGCCGACUAUCAACUGUCAUGGCCCUUAUUGGCUUCGCUAUUAUGAUGUGUUUAGAAGUGGUCACAGAGACCUAG